AUGAUGUCGAACCGGCAACAAAAUGGCGAAGGCAGCAGGGAAGUCGAUGUGGACGAUGUCGUCAUGGUACUGGAUGUCGACGAAGUGGCAACGGCGAAUAGGGCGUCAUUGUCCACCAGGGAUCUGUUUCGAGCGACGACGACUAACUCUAGCCGUCGCAAUCAAGAAGGGGCGGCGUCAAGGCCAUCGUGGAGAUCGUACUUGAGGCAAUUUGGAAACUCUUCGUCUUCGUCUUCUACUACUGCUCCUACUACUCGCACUCGAGCACGACGACGACAAGUAAUGACGAGCAAGUAUCGACACGGUGAACGGCGAUUUAUGUUUCGACGAGAUGUGAUGCGCAUUGGGAAUGCCUUGCUGGCGCUAGAGGAAGAAGGAAGUUCGGCGUACGAUACAACCGACAGUGAAGGCACGUUGAGUGAAGACGCAGGCUCCACUCGCACAUUUAGUGUUGUGGGGGAGGAGGAAGAAGUACAGGAGGAUGCCGAGUCGGUCCUUUCGGAAGAGGAACCGCUGUACAAAGACCUCCUGUCGAGCCGUGCCUGUCAGGGAGUGUUGGUGUGCCUCUUGAUUGCUUUGGUGGGGAUUGCCGCGGGGGGUGUCGUCUACAUGACGGGAGGGAACGACGAUCCGGACGGCUCCUAUUCCUUGUCGGGUGGACGUCCAUCCUCCAGUCACUCCUGGACAUUUACACCCUCCUGGAGUCCUCUCGUGCCAACAGACAUUCCCAGCACUGCAAUUAUGGAGAAUGGUCUUGUGCCCACCAUAGCCCCCACCAUCAAUCUGCCUCCCGGUGUUUGCAGUGCUCAAUCGAAAAACAAGACUGGUUUUGUCGAGUUACAGAUUCGAGGAUUGCCACCCAAUGUACUGAAAAACAGUCAACCCGUCCUCGAGGCGACAUUUGUGGAAACCUACAAUAAUCUCACGGGAAUGUGUCUGGAUCCCAUGGCCCGGGUCCUCAAGGAAGCAACCCUGGUGGCCUGGGAAACCGACUGGUUGGAUGUCUACACGAACGACAAUGGAACCUUAUCGAACAAUUUGACAUUGGACGAAUACCGACACGCCGUGUCGGAAAGUAUCACGGCCACGUUUUGGCAAGGACGUGUCAAUUGUGUAGGGUGUCCCGACCACGAACCAUUGUUUGGACAAAACGUCGUUGUCAGCACAGAUGAGGACGAAUCACAACAACAAGCAGACAACAAUAAACAUGAAAAGAAGGUUUCAGACCUCUUUUUUGGACCCAAACACAAUAACAACCGUCACCGCAGAAACCAAGAAAACUUUCGAACCACGUUGCUGCCACUCUUUGCAGCAUCGUUUGGGUACAAACUAAAGCCCGCUUUGCAAGCAGCGGCAACCGAAGAAGUAGAAGAACGGGAGGAAGCGCAGGACUUGUUCCGAAAAAAGACUGGCUUUGGUCUCUUGUUGUUCAAUAAUGAGACCAUUCUUUGCAACUCCACCACUGACUGGAACGGGACAGACUGGAACUCCACGGACCUUCUUUGUAACACGACAAGUAUUUUGAAUGAAACCGACCUCCUCUGGAAUGAAACCGAUUUCGUAGUAGAAGAGCAGAACAACAACUAUAUUUUCGGUGGCGACGAAUCACUUGUGGAUGAAACACUGGACUUGGAGGUGGAACUAGAGGUGGUCCGCGCGGUGACAUUUCAAGCCACUUCCACCAAUACCGCAGUGGAAACACCCGGACCAACUCCAGCACCCACCAACACCGAGACGCCGACAACACUGGCACCCACAACAAAAGUGGGAUCACCCACAGCUAGCCCAACCACCACUGCUCCAACGACGGCAGCGCCUACGGUGCCGGAAAUCCCCGUCAUGUUCCCUGCCAUUGUGGAAGAGACUACUGUCGAGGAGGAAAUCGUAGAAGCUACAGUGGAAGUGGAGGAAAGCAAUGGGACUCUGGUGGCUGUGUUUGUGGCGGAUGAGCUCGCCAUUAUCGAAGACUGUCUCGAAACUCCCAUCAACAGCAAUGCGGCGUCAUCAUCACGGUCCGACAUGCUGUGUGAAGUGAUCAAAAACACGACGAGUGCAGUUGGCGCUGCCGAGGCUGUUGUUGACUGUGUUGGUAACCUGUUGUCGGAGGAGUGUCAGGAGAUCGUUCCAAAAGUGGUCGAGGCAACAAGCAAAGCUGUAGAAGAAUCUGCGUUGAUAGGAGGGCCCAGUGUCGCCCCAAGUACCAGUCCCACCUGGGUCCCUCCCCCCACUCGGCCGCUUGUCGCUGCGGGUUUGAUGGACACUGGCAGCCCAAGUAAAUCGCCUUCAAAAGCUCCAUCGUCAAAUCCAUCAGCAAACCCGUCGACUACACCCAGCUCAAAUCCAUCUCCUGCGCCUAAAGACAACGACGCUGGUCCAUCGCCCGCCAAGGCACCCCAAACCCAAACCAAUCCUAUUGGAGCAGAGCCCACGACUAUUUCUCCUACAACUACUUCUCCUUCAAAGUCGCCAACCGCCGCACCAAGUGCGAAUCCAACGAGUGAGACACGGUCCCAGACACUUACACCAACGUCAGUGCAAGCCUCAAAGAGCCCAACUAGAGUGCCUCUGUCUCCAUCUCCAACUGCUUCUCCAUCACAAAGUCCUUCUGGUACACCAUCGAGUUCCCCCACUCGCGAGCCCACACCAGAGCCAACGUUGACACCUUCGGCUUUCCCAUCAGAUCUGCCAACAGAGAAUCCAACAAGAAACCCUACAGUAACUCCGGGUAAUCCAACACGUAGCCCCACGGAACAACCGUCUAGCGGGCCUUCUAAAACUUUUACUCCCUCAACUUCACCGUCGGUUCUCACACCAAGUCCCAGUAUUCAACCAACCACUGAAACCCCAACAAUCACGCCAACGCAGCCCCCCACAGAAUCGUCAGGGUCUCCUACUGGUUCUCCAACUCAAGGUCCAACUGAGGCACCCCAGGCAUCUCCAACCAAUGAUCCGUCGGUGUCACCCACUGACACACCAACUGCUCCGCCAACUGAAACGCAAACAGAUCCUCCAACUGAAACGCCAACAGAUGCCCCAACAGUAACGCCUGGGUUUCCCACUGGUUCUCCAAGUCAAGGUCCAACUGCAACACCCCAGGCUUCUCCGUCCAGUGUUCCGUCAGCUUACCCUACUGAUCCUCCCACACUUGAUCCUACCUCCCAGCCAACUGCAGCACAAACGGAUGCUCCAACCGCAGAACCAACGAAUGCUCCCACCGUAACUCAAACGGGUGCGCCCACAGUGACUGUCACUCAAACGGGUGCCCCCACAGUAACUCAAACAGAUGCCCCAACAGCAACUCAAACAGAUGUUCCCACUGUAACUCAAACCGAUGCCCCAACAGCAACUCAAACCGAUGCUCCAACUGUAACGCCAGGAUUUCCAACUCCAUCCCCUACGCCGAGCCCAACAAGAACCCCUGAUGCUUCUCCCUUCAGCAUUCCAUCCAUUCUGCCCAGUCUUGAUCCUAGCAGUCAAACAACUACAAGUCCAGUUGAAACUCCAACAGCAACCCCGCCAAUUGAUGCAAGUGCAGGGCCCUCAAGUUUCCCAUCAGUGUCUGUGUUCCCAUCAAAGCAGCCGUCGCAGGGCCCUUCUGGUCUAUCACCUGCAGCAUUGCCUUCUGUUGCGCCCAGCGGCAGUCCAUCUUUCUCAAGUCCUGAUUUACCGUCAGGGCAGCCUUCUCAAGACCCUAUCGGUUUUUCGCCUACAGAAUCGCCCUCCGGUGCUCCGUCGGUGACCCCCGCAGCCUCUGCUUUACCAACUUCUGUUUCAGCGCCAACAGCUUUUCUCUCUUCCAAUCCUUCGUUUGUGCCAACAGGAGUCCCUUUGACCUCUGAGGCUCCCUCAGCAGCACCAUCAUCCGUUCCAUCUCGUAUUUCCACAAUUUCAAUGCCUCCAUCUGACUCGCCAACUUCUACCACAGCAAUGCUGCCCUCUGGAGCUCCAUCAAGGUCUCCAAGCAUGGUUCCAUCCAAUUCAAUGGCUCCAUCCAGUGUGCAAACAAUUUUGCCCACGCCACAGCCAAGCCCAGAGCCUACUUUGCCCCCUUCUGCAGUCCCAUCAGGAUCUCAGUCUCCAUCUAUGUUCGUCUCCUGUGCUGUCACCAUCAAAAAUGCCCUCUUUGCAUCCAUCCAGUACACCAUCAAGUGUUCCUUCUGGAUCAAGCUAUCCAUCGGGCAGACCAACUAA